CUAUAAAAGCCGGCCAUGGCGGCCACAAGCCAAGCUCACCGCCACCACUCCAUUGCCAUCUUCUUCCACCUCCAGCCUCCUCCUCCGCCUCCAAUGGAGCUUCCCCUGGACAAGGCCGCGGCCCGCUCCACCCCACUCGCGCUCCCCGCCGCUGGGGCGGCGGCGGCGGCGAACCAGUCCCCGGCGUCUCUGCCACUGGGACCACCCGCGGCCGCCUCCGCCAAGCCCCUCGUCGCGGCCGCCAACCCGCCGCUGCUGCCGGUGGUGGCUCCGGCGGCGGCGGCGCCCAAGUCGUCGUCAGGGGCCGUGGAAGAGAGCAAAGAGGGUGUGGAAGAGAGCAACAAGAGCAAUGUGUUGACCAUUGGCAGCAUCAGGAGCACGCUGAUGAAGCAUGAGGACACCAUCAUCUUCGGCCUUCUGGAGAGGUCACAGUUCUGCUACAACCCGGACACCUACGACCCCAACGCUUCCAGGAUCGUCCGGUUCAAUGGCUCCCUGGUCGAGUUCAUGGUUAAAAAGACCGAGAAGAUGCAUGCUAGAAUGGGGAGGUACAAGAGCCCGGAUGAGCAUCCUUUCUUCCCUGAGAAUUUGCUGGAGGUGGUGGAGCCAUCUGUUGAGUAUGAGAAUGUUCUGCAUCCAGCUGCUGCUAACAUCAACAUAAACAAAAGGAUCUGGGAUGUGUACUUUGGUGACCUUCUGCCAAGGCUUGUGAAGGAAGGAAGUGACGGUAACUGUGGAUCGAGCGCAUGCUGGGACAUGUUAAUUCUGCAGGCACUCUCCAAGAGGAUUCACUAUGGCAAGUAUGUGGCAGAGGCUAAGUUCCAGGGGGCACCUGACACGUACACGCCUGCAAUCUUAAACAAGGACAGUGACAAGCUGAUGGAAUUGCUGACGUUCGCGAAGGUGGAGGAUGACGUGAGGGCCCGCGUGAUGAGCAAGGCCAUGACCUUCGGCCAGGUGGUGAGUGAAGAUCUGGAGAACGAAAUUAAGCUCAAGAUCGAGCCGGAGCUGGCCGUGGAGCUGUAUGACAAGUGGAUCAUGCCACUGACCAAGGAAGUGCAAGUGCAGUACCUCCUCAAGAGGCUGGAUUGAGUUUUGAGCCCCAACUAUCCUUUGCCUGUCCAUCUACAAGAUGCUCUCUCUCUCCAGUUUCAGUUCUGAACUUGAAUAAUUAGGCCCUUAUGUUUUGUUUUACCAGAUACUGCUUUGAGUUCAGUUUUAGUUUCAGUAGUUUGCAGUUUAGUAUCUUCAUGUAAUCCUGUAGUUGAAAGUUCAGUUCUCAGCAGAGCAUUUGGUACUGAAUUGCAACUUGAAUGGAGGUUGUCUGAAUUGAAAAGCCAAGAUUUGAGCUAUUUCUAUGGUGAAACAUGAUCUUGUUGUCAAAUGCUUAUCUUUGA